AUGGCACCAACGACUCUACCUCCAGGAUUCAGGUUUCAUCCAACGGAUGAGGAGCUUGUGGCUUACUAUCUGGAUAGGAAAAUCAAUGGUGGAAACAUCGAGCUUGAAAUCAUCCCAGAAGUUGAUCUCUACAAAUGUGAACCUUGGGAUUUACCGGAUAAAUCUUUCUUGCCGAGUAAAGACAUGGAAUGGUACUUUUACAGCCCCCGGGAUAGGAAAUACCCGAACGGGUCGAGGACGAAUCGGGCAACACGGGCAGGAUACUGGAAAGCUACUGGAAAAGACCGGACAGUGCAGUCGCAGAAACGGGCUGUUGGCAUGAAGAAGACACUGGUUUAUUACAGAGGGAGAGCACCGCAUGGCAUCAGAACCGACUGGGUAAUGCACGAGUAUAGACUCAGUGAGUCCGCCUGUGGCGCUACAUCAAGUUUAAAGGAUUCUUAUGCAUUAUGCCGGGUUUUCAAGAAAAACAUAUAUAUACCUAAAACGAAAUUCGAGGAACAACGCAAGGUUUCGAAGGAGACGGACGAACAAUUUAUGUGGGAUGACACCAGCGGCACUGAAACUUCCCGUGAGAAAGAAGCCAACGACGAAAAUGCCCUAAAAAAUCCCGAGUAUUGUUCCAAAUUACCAUCUUCGGCAUCCUCUUCAGAUCUCACUCAAGGGACACCAAUUGCUACAUGCUCAAAAGAUAAUUAUUCCCAAGCUCAGAUUGCAUUAGAUGAAGUAAACAGUUCAAAUGAUUUUUAUUCCAUCGGCCCUGCAGACCUGUCAAGUUUCAUUCAGGAUGUUGGAAUUCCAAAUUACACAGGAAUAUUUGGUGAAGCCCCUCAUACUCCUCUAGAAUUGGAAGAUUUCCCAGAAAUACAUUUACCUGAAAUUACAAAGCUCUCCUCCAAAACUGAAACAUUUGGCGAAUUCGACAGAUACAAGGAGUACGUAAAUGGGUUCACGGCGUUGGAAGAAAUUUAUUCUUUAUGUUCUACACAUGAGAACUCGAGCAAAUCAAAAUUUGCAUGUUAA